AUGUUCUGUGAUGACCCUUUAGGCGACUCUGAUCCUAACGACUGGAGUGUUUUGAGCUGUCUUGAAUAUCUGAAAGAUCGUAUACAAUUUACCUCCGAUAGUAAAAAAAGAUAUCUUAGACGCGAUCACGAGAGCAUUUUUGAGAGUUGUAACGUCAAAGAGACUUUCAAAAGAAGAGAUAUUGUUGAAUUUUUUGAGAGUUUAGACCAGAAGUUUGAUGAGAGGGAUCUCGAAAGGUCUUUCGAUAGGAAUGGAUGUAAACUUUUAAAGAAGUCUGGCGAUUUCAAUACACUGAAACUAUCAUCGAAUUAUGCGGAAAAGUCGACAGAACCGCCUCAAAUAGACGAGUCAGUAUCCAACCAAAGAACGUAUGAUAAAAAAACCACAUCCAGACAGAGAAACUACACUGUCACCAGUCCAAAAUUGCAUUCAUUGCCAUUGGAUAAUCCGUUAAUUGAGGAUAAGGACAAAGAGGAGGUCGAGGAUAAAGACAAGGAGGGCAUUGACAAUCCGUUCAUCGAGUAUGAGGAUGAGGAUGAGUGGGACCCAGCAAAUGAUCUUAAAAUAGGAGAUACUAAUGUGUCUCAGUUAUUCCGGCAGUAUCAAAAUGAGUCGUUAAAGAUCACAAAGACUGGUGGUUUACUUGUUGAAUCAAACGUCCAUGAAAUAUUGUCACUGUCAUCGCUCUUCUUCUUAUUCCAGGAUCUCACUCAAAUACGAUGA